UGAUCAGAAUAGGCCAUAUAGUCAGUGGUUGCUUUGCCUGCGGCAUUCAUCAUGAUAACUCCAGCUUUUGAGCUGAGUCAGGAUCCGGAUUUUCUUACAAUAAUCAUUGAAGUACCUUACGCGAGAGCUUCAGAGUUUGACUUGUAUUUUGAAGGGGAAGAUUUUAAAUUUUAUUCUAAGCCUUACUUUCUCAGGUUGACGCUUCCUGGAAGAAUUGUGGAAGAUGGUAGAGAAAAAGCAUCUUACGAUGCAGACAAACGGACGUUGACAAUUCGAUUACCAAAGGAGAGUCCUGGGCAGUAUUUCGAAGGGCUGGAUAUGGUGACAUCCCUUUUAGCACCAAAAAAAUCAAGAUCAGCAAAACGUUUAGUGGAGGAGAUAGGUGCUUCUGCUGCGUUGUCGGAGGAGGAGGAGGGGGAAGAAUUUGAAUGGGAAAUAGAGCAGACCCCUUAUAGAGAAACUGCACAAAGCUUUCCACCGCUACAGUACUGCUACGGAUUUGGGAAUUUGCGUUCUGGGGUGUUCCAGCGGCUGCAGGAUGAACUCAGUGAUGUUGUAGACAUUAAGGAUCCAGACAAAACUCCAGUAUGUGAACGUAGGAAGAAACGCCUGGCAGCAGAAGCUGCCAAGUUCGAUUCUGAUCAUUACCUAGCUGACCUUUUUGAAGAUGAAGCUAUUCAGCAUGUUUUGAAAUACAAACCAUGGUGGGUCGAGGCUCAUGAAAAAAUGAUAGCCUUGCAGGGAGAAAGUCAUCAGAAACACGACAGCAAUACAUUUGUUGUCUUCAGUGAAGAAGAGAGAGAGCAGCUGAGAAGGUUCACAAAUAAAUCCUAUCUUCUGGAUAAAAGAAGCCGUCAUCACGUGUAUCUGAGCUUAAUUGAUAUCCUUCUGGCGUAUUGCUAUGACAUCUGUGUCAACGAAGGAGAGCAAAAUGUUGAAUCAUCGUGGAAUGUCAGGAAACUGAGUGCAACAUUGUGCUGGCUGGAGUGUUUCUAUGACAUUCAUGAUGUUCUGGUAUGUUUUGGAAGAAGAGUGCUCUGCUAUCCACUGCACAGACAUUUCGACUUGGUGACACGUGCCUUGAAUGAUACAGUCAUGAUACUACAGCUAGGAAGAGCUGCGGUUUUGAAGUGUCUGCUGGACGUUCACAAGAUUUUUAGGGAGAGCGACCCUGCCUACCUCCUUAAUGAUCUCUUCAUUACCGACUACUGCGUCUGGAUUCAAAAAACCAAGUCAAAAAAGUUGGCUGCACUUUCUGAAUCCUUGCAGAAAACCGCAGUGGCUAAGUCCCACCUCGGAUUUGAGCUGGAAGAGCUGGAAGCAGCAGCGCGGAUGGUACAAGAAGAGGAGAGCCAGUUAAAAGCUGCUGCUGCAGUUUCCAAGCAACAGCUGCCUUCCUCUGAGUUGGAGACAAGUGACUCUGAAGAAUCGAGCAGCACUUCAUCUGAGACAGAAGGCUCUGAUUCAGAUGAGCAAGAGUCCUCAGCCGGUGAAGAUGGGAAAAUAAAUUCUUCACAAGGCGUGCUUCAAGAGGAGGGGACAGCUCCACUUAUUGACUGUAAUGGAUUAAGGCAAGUCGCAAACACUCCGAUGGUUGAGGUUAGUGAUGAAAAAUCAAAGGCUUCUUUGCAACCUAUGUCUGUUCCUGGAAAACUGAUAGAAGAAUUAGGAAAGCAAAUGCACACUGCAAUUAAUCUUUCAGAACAGCCCGAAGAACUGGCUGCUGCAAGUUGCAUUGCUUUACGGGAACAAGAAGAAAACCACGUGUCUGAACCUGACAAGUAUUCAGAGGUUUCUACUGGGAAGGGAAGUUUCUUGGAGGUGCCUUCAAAGACAAAUCCUUUGCUUUUUCUUUGCAGUACAAAUGAAGAUGAAGACUAAGGGACCAUGUUAGAGCAGUGUGACCCAAUAGCAACACAGCCCGUUGCUGUAAUGAGGUGUUCCCAAGGCUAUCCUGAGCUGCAGAGACAAGUUGAUAUUUUUCUUCUUUGUGUUGACAGUCUGGAGGACAAGACUGCUUUGAUAAGAAUUGAUGUGAGCGUAUGAUAGCCUCACAUUGUUUUAUUUUUGUUCUUUGGUUUUACAGAGUCAGGUUUGAUCUCUACAUGAGGGAACGUGUAAUUUCAGUGAACUUACUAAAAAAAGUUUUUGUUAA